ACGAGUGUUCAAGUCGAUCACUUAACAUCACCUACUUUUUGUGCUAAUGAACUUUGUGCAUCUUUUCUACUAUGCAUUACCUUUUAAAGACUCCGUUUAUUGUGUCUACACAAGGAAUGGUUGAUUAGAUAGAGUAAGAAGAUCAUACAUAGUUCUCGUCUUGAGGCGCGAACACCGAUCUCCGUGGUGGGAUAGUGAAGAAGGCGGUUAAAAAGUCGCGCAGUAGAGAACGACAGUUGUUAGUUGAGCGUACGAGUUCAAGCUUGAAGCUUAGUUUUGUUGAAAUUAAGUGUUCCUUUUGUUAUCUAUUAUUUAUUUAGUGUUAUAAAAAUAUUAUUUGUAAUAAGCGAAAAAUAAGGUGAAUGAUAUCCAAAAUGAAUGAUAAAAAGACAGUAGAACUCAUUGUCAUGACUCCAAAAUCUAAGACUGCAAAUUCCACAACUCUUAUAAUAGAAAGGCAAACCUUAGAACCACCAACAGAAAAUGGAAAUGAAAACAGUGUUUACGUUGCUGGUGGAGAUUACAAAGGAAUAGUUGUCAAUAAACAAGCAGUUGGUGUUACAAAUGGUGAAGUUGAUCCAGCACAUCUCUGCUUACAAUUCAGAGUAUUCUUAGUAAGUGCUCAAAGUGGAAAGCAUACACAAGAAUCCAGAACUCUUCAAUUUUGGUUUGUAGACACACUUUCAGAGUCUGAACAUCCAAGUGUGGCACAAGAAUUCUUUAGGGAAUUAGUGAGUCCUCAGGAAUUUCCGAGAGAUUAUGUUGGAUUUAUGAAGAAAAUAAUGAAAUUAAUGUUAAGUAAAUAUCCUACUAUUAAAAAGAUAGAGGUAGAGUUAAAACAACUUGAAGAACCAGUUAAUCUUCCAAGUAGACCAUUAUCAACAGAUGAAACAGUUACUGGUCAACUGGUUGAACUGACAUUAGAAAAAGUAUUAGAGCUUAUUGAAUCUGCUUAUCCAAAUCCAAUAACAGUGACUGACAUAGCAAAAGAACAUGGUUGGGACCCCUCUGCUGUUGAAGUAAAAUUAAAAGAAUUACAGGAGAAAGGUGUUGUUAAAGCAAUGGAACAUGGAGCAUUUACUAGGGUUGUACAUCAAGAUACACAAAUUCAAGUUGUAAAACAAAUGCCAACAAUGGCUAGUGCAAAACAACCUACUAUAGCAAUUAUCACUGCACAAUAUUGUGAAAAGUUAGCAGUUGAUUCAAUGAUUGAAAACAAGGAAACAUUUGUUCGCUAUACUACUGUCGGUACGGCAAGCUCACCUGAUGCAACAGAUGGAGUACCGCGAGUGACAUGUCGUUUUGGUGAGUCAAAUGUUUACACAUUAGGUAAUAUUGGUGCACAUAGAAUUGUUUGCACAAAACUGCCAACUGUAGGUCAUACAAGAGAAGCAAUGACUGCAGCAGGAAAUACAACCACCAGAUUAUUAGGUACAUUCCAAAAAGUUGAUUUUGUUUUCUUAAUUGGAAUUGGAGGUGGUGUACCACAUUAUACAGAUUAUAACAAGCAUGUACGACUUGGUGAUGUGGUUGUAUCCCAUCCUACUCCUCUUAAUAAGAAGUAUAUAUAUAUUUAUUGUGAAAGUGCAAAGACAAAUGAAACUGGUGAUUAUCAUUUUGAAACCAAAGAGUAUUGUCCACCAAAUUUAUGUCUUCAAGAAAUUGCUGUUAAUCUUAAAGAUCAGUCGGAGAAUGAAAUAAAUCCUCCAUGGCAAACGUACCUGAAGGAAGGUUUAAAUAUUUUAAUUAAUCAAACGGAGCAUGAUUUUAAACCACCACCGCCGGAGUCUGAUAAGUUAUACAUGGCUAUUGGUGAGAGGGACGUCAUUGAAGUUGCACAUCCUAUCGCACCUUUAGAUGCGACAUAUAAAAGAACAAAUGGUUGUCCACGAAUUCAUUUAGCACCUGUAGCAUCUGGGAGACAUAUUGCGCGGGAUGAUCAACUUAGACAGAAAUUUGCAGCUCGUUUUGGAGCUCUCGCAUUUGAUGCAGAAAUGGAUGCUGUAGUUGAAAGUAUUUUGGGUAAUUGUCGUGAAAGUUUUGCCGUUAUUCGAGGUAUUUCAGAUUAUAAAGAUGGUUCUCGUAUAAAGGAAUGGCAGCCUUACGCGUCUUUAGCUGCUGCUAGUGUAAUGAAAUCUAUCAUUUGCGCUAUGGAUCCACCUACUAACGUGUAA